CCUGAGAACUCCCAACCUCUCUUCACUUCUCAGCCCCACUCCAGCCCAGACACCACCAUGACCGGCUCCUGCUGUGGAUCCUUCUCCUCCCUGAGCUGUGGAGGAGGCUGCUGCCAGCCCUGCUGCUGCAGGGACCCCUGCUGCUGCCGCCCAGUGUCCUGCCAGACCACAGUGUGUCGCCCUGUGACCUGCGUGCCCCACUGCACCAGGCCCAUCUGUGAGCCCUGCCGCCGCCCCAUCUGCUGUGACCCCUGCAGCCUGCAGCAGGGCUGCUGUCGCCCCAUCACCUGCUGCCCCACCUCUUGCACAGCUGUGGUCUGCAGGCCCUGCUGCUGGGCCUCCACCUGCUGCCAGCCCAUCUCAGUGCAGGCUCCCUGCUGCAGGCCCCCCUGCUGCCAGCCUGCUCCCUGUCGCACCACCUGCAGGACCUCCCCCUGCAACACCUGCUGCUGA